CGCUGAGCGGAGUGGGAGGUGGCCGGCCGCUUCUCCCACGUCCGCCAUUUUGUUGCUGUGGCUAUUGGGAGCGGGCUCGGCAAAACUGCCCCGGAGUCGCUACGUUUCUUGCAGUCUGGUGCUUUCUUGUGACGACGAGGGUCAGUGCAGACCUUUGGGGCUGUGGAGCUUAUACAUUCCAGGCCGGGAGUCACUAAAGCCACCUCGGUACUCCGGGCUGCCCUAUUACCCCCGGGCGGCCUCCGCUUACGGCUCGGCUUCGUCCACCCCGACCCCUGGGUUCUGUCCCUCUUUCCCCGGGCCGACUCUGUCCGCGCGGCGCUCCCGGAGCAGGCGGGCGGCAGCAGAGGAUGCUGCGGACCAGGAGCCGAGAGGAAGGUCCCGGCCCAGCUCUCUAAGUUCGCCUCGAAGGGUGUGAAGAGGUCCUUUCUCUGCUCCUGAGCCCGCUGCCGGCUAAGGCUUCCAGACUAGGCAAGAGCCGUCGCCGCCCAGACCCGUCCCAACACCAUGUCCUCCGCCAGGUUCGAUUCCUCAGACCGCUCGGCCUGGUACAUGGGGCCGGUGUCUCGCCAGGAGGCGCAGACUCGGCUCCAGGGCCAGCGCCACGGAAUGUUCCUAGUCCGGGACUCCUCCACCUGCCCUGGGGACUAUGUGCUGUCGGUGUCCGAGAACUCGCGUGUCUCCCACUACAUCAUCAACUCCCUGCCCAACCGCCGUUUUAAGAUCGGAGACCAGGAGUUUGACCAUUUGCCGGCCUUGCUGGAGUUCUACAAGAUCCACUACCUGGACACCACCACCCUGAUCGAGCCAGCUCCCAGGUAUCCAAGCCCACCAAUGGGAUCUGUCUCAGCCCCCAACUUGCCAACAGCAGAAGAAAAUCUGGAAUAUGUACGGACUCUCUAUGAUUUUCCUGGAAAUGAUGCAGAAGACCUGCCCUUUAAAAAGGGUGAGAUCCUGGUGAUAAUUGAGAAGCCUGAAGAACAGUGGUGGAGUGCCCGGAACAAGGAUGGCCGGGUUGGGAUGAUUCCUGUUCCUUAUGUUGAAAAGCUUGUGAGAUCUUCACCUCAUGGAAAGCAUGGAAAUAGGAAUUCCAACAGUUAUGGUAUCCCAGAACCUGCUCAUGCAUAUGCUCAACCUCAGACCACAACUCCUCUACCUGCAGUUUCCAAUACUCCUGGCGCAGCAAUCAAUGCUUUGCCAUCCACCCAGAACGGACCUGUGUUUGCAAAAGCAAUCCAGAAAAGAGUACCCUGUGCUUAUGACAAGACUGCCUUGGCAUUAGAGGUGGGUGACAUUGUGAAAGUCACAAGAAUGAAUAUAAAUGGCCAGUGGGAAGGUGAAGUGAAUGGGCGCAAAGGGCUUUUCCCUUUUACCCAUGUCAAAAUUUUUGACCCUCAAAACCCAGAUGAAAAUGAGUGAUUGCUGUUGCCUUGUUCCCUGCUGCUUCAUCAUUCUGCCUGUCAUAGUCUCCUUUGAAGUGGGAAAGCGUUCUCUCUCAUAGGGAAGUUACACUGCAUUGCUGACCGAAGUCCAGCUUUCUGCAGACUGAAGGUCUCUCAUACACAUUUGGAAUGCACACAGUGGCUGCCUCCUGGCAUUUGUGUAUCAUAGUAGUCUUGUUGAAGAGUAGCCAAUUUUAGAGUUCUUUUGAAUCAUAAACUGGAAAUACUGGUGGAAGCACACAAGUGGAGAGAAGUAGACAUGGAGAGAGUCUUCUCAUCACUGCCCUGUUUGUACUUGGGACUGGUUCUGUCAUAGAAAAGCUUGAGGCCAUGGUGAGAUCCUGCGUGUUGUUGUUCCACAAAGCAGUGGCUCCACCACCACCUUUUUUGUCUUUGGACAACAGGAAAUGAACUUUAAGAGAGAAUUUUGUCCUGAAAUCCCUAAAUCUGGCUUUCCUUUUGUUUUCUUUUGGUUUGGUUUUGGAAGACUAAUUAGACUUAUGUGUCUUGGACAGAUUUUUAAGUAGCAGGUUGGAUUUUUUUGUGAUAGUCCAAGGAAUAAUAUGUGCCUCUGAGCUUCUAAACUGAAGCUGCUGUAACUAAAGGAAUACGAAAAGAACAACCCUGAAGCAGAGGAGGCCUUUAUUCAUUUUGGUUGCCAACAGUACCUUGUUUUGCCACAUGGCAAACAACACACUCUCUCUCUCUCU